GACCAACACUAUUUCAGAGACGCACUAAGAAUCCACAAGAAAUGUCGGAAAAAAGAAGAAUUCUACAUUAUAACACGGACAGGAGGAGCAGCAACCAGGAUGUCCAGGAUACAGCGAUCAAGAUUACUCCGCGAAGCUCCAAGUACAAAAACCAGCACAGGAAACAGGAGCAGCAAACCUCUCUCCUGGACUUUGUCAUCAAGCCGAGACCAAAAACACAAAGGCAAACUAAGGCACAUAAACUUCAAAAGACGCGUUUAACCAUAACAAGGGCUAGCUACAUAGUUUACAAACCCAAGGGCAAAACGCGCCUUGAUCCCAAGAAGAAGAUCACCAGGUUGAAGAGGUCCGUACGGGUAUAUCGCACUUCGAAGAAGGCGGAAAGAGAAGUCGCGGAGAAUGAUCUUGAAGGAGUCCCAGUAGUUGGUCUAGAUAUCAAUCCGAUUGCUAUUCCACUGGAGCAACAAGUUCAAAACCUAUCACUUAGUAAAACCCCUGCACUUAACGACCUUUCACAAGCAAAAACAGUUCAUGCCAUUCACUCACGGCGAUUUAGAAGCUAUUGUGACAACUGCACACGCCCUCGUCUCAAGGAGUUGACCUCUCAGCUGCUAAGGGACCUGCAUCGCUUUCAGAAGCGCGCCUUUGCCAAAAACGAGAUUAAAGCGCGGGCACAUCCCCGCCUGGUUUUGGGUGUUCGGGAGGCUCUGGCUAGGCUAAGGAUAAACAAGGUAAAACUGUUGUUCCUGGCCACUGACUGCGAGAUCUGCCCCGGUGAAAGUGGUCUAGAUGCGACUAUAGAAGGCUUAAAAUUCCAAUGCCAGCAGCAAAAAGUUCCCUAUUGCUUUCCUCUGCUGAGAAGGGAACUUUCUUACGCCCUCCAAAAGCGAGCGCAGAUUUCUUGCGUUGCUAUCCUUGACUUUGACGGAGCGAAUGCAACUUACGCUGAUCUUCUUAACGAAAUAGAGGAUGCACGUGCGGAGUACAAACGCAGAACUGCUUCGUGAGGGUUUAUUUGGUGAUAAAGAAAUAUAAAUAAAAGUGCCAGGAGGACGUGCUCGAAACAUCGAAUAAAACAUUAAA